AUGUACGAAAUGGGGGAGCAGAUUGGCUCUGGCACGUUUGGCACCGUCUGGAAAGCAAAACACACACAGACUGGUCAGCUGCAUGCGAUCAAAAGCUGUCCGAAGAAGCUGAUACCGAGCGACGAACUUUGGGCCGAGAUCGACAUUAUGAAGCAGCUUGAUCACCCCCACAUCAUGCGGCUCUACUACACCUUCGAAGAUGAGCAGUGCAUCUUCAUUGCUUCAGAGCUUUGUGAAGGUGGCGAGCUCUUCAAUGCCAUGAUAGAGGCAGGUGCUCUGAACGAGCCAACGGCUGUUCUUCUGUUCAAGCAGAUCAUGAGCGCUGUGUCCUACAUCCACAUGAACAUGGUGUGCCACCGUGAUUUAAAGCCGGAGAACUUCCUGAUCUCCAAGAAAUGUGAGAUCAAGGAUAGCAAAGUGAAACUGAUCGACUUCGGAACAGCCAAGCGCUUUGAUUUGCACCCGCUCACGACGAAGGUUUGCACGGUGCACUACGUUGCCCCAGAGGUCUUGAAGAAAAGCAUGGAGCCUUACACAGAAAAAGUUGAUGUGUGGUCGGCAGGGGUGGUGCUGUUUGUUAUGCUGGCGGGAACUCCCCCGUUUCACAGCGAUGACGACAUCGAGCUGAUGAAGAAAGUGAAGAAAGCGAAGUGGGAGUUCAAGCCAGAGAAGGCUUGGCGACGCGUCUCUGCUUUGGGCAAGCAGCUGGUGUCCAGCAUGUUGACCAAAGAGGUCGAGGCACGGCCGCACUCGGCCGAGGUCCUGGCGUCUGAUUGGUUUCGACAGGAGGUCGCAAGGCAAGAUACAAAGGUAGAUGAAGACAAUCUGACACAGAUGAGAACCUUCGUAGCCCAGAGCCGGCUGAAGAAGGUUGCCUUGCAGAUCAUCGCUCGGCAGAUUUCGGACGACACGAUCGAAAAGCUUCGUGGCAUUUUCCUGUCGUUAGAUGACGACCAUUCGGGCACUCUCUCAGUAGAGGAGAUUGAUGAAGCCUUAGAGCGUUUGGAAGUCGAAGAGCCAAUCCGAAUCGAAAUGAGGCGUUUGAUGCACGAGAUUGAUGUUGACGGCAGUGGAACCGUGAACUACACAGAGUUCAUCGCUGCCAACAUCUCAAAGAAACAGUAUCUCCAAGAGCAGGUGUGCAAGGCGGCCUUCCACAUAUUUGAUGUCAAUGGUGACGGCUUCAUUUGCAAAAAUGAUUUGGCGGCUCUCCUUAAGAGUGGCCAUGACGAUGAUGGAUUUGCAGGCAUUAGCGUUGACGAAAUCAAUUCGAUGAUGAAUGAGGUGGACCAGAAUGGGGAUGGCCGCAUGUCCUUCGACGAGUUCAUGGCUCUGAUGGCAGACAGGAAAGCACCGAAAACAAGGACAUAUUGA